AUGGAUGUCUCCCAAGAAACCGUUGAUAAAAUCCAACAUUUCGCGCAAAAGCGCCAAAAAGCGGAGGAGUUCUACGACGAACACCCGAUAAGCCCAGCUCUUUUCGAAGCUUACAACCGCAAGUUGGAUGAGACGUUGACGGAGCUGCAGGCUCAAGUCAAACGUCAUGAAGAUGAGCUGCGCAAGCUUCGCAUGACCACCGCGAUUGAUUUCGCUCAAAUUAAUGCAGAUCCUUGGGCUCGUGUCUCCCACGUGCGCAGAGCCAAGAAAGCGUAUGAUGCUGUUCUGCAAUCAGAAACGCGACUGCCGAGUCCAGGUUCUCCUUUACCUUCUCUACUUGCGGUUGACGCGGCAUCUCAUCUCAUCAAGGAGAGUAAGACCUCCAUUUCACUGACGGUGGAGAAACUGUCUGCCGACCGUCAGCGCUUGAAAGUGGAAGAAGCCAAUUUGCGCAAUGCGCAAUUGAUUAGAGACGGGUUGGAGAAAAGAAUUGAGCGGCUGAACGCAGAAAAAUCGAGUCAAGUCCAGAAAACACCUGCGCAGCUUGCGCAUGAUCUCGUCAAAGAGCAACAGGAAAAGAUCGAGAGACUUGACACUACUACAGAAGAGCUGAAGACCUCUCUCUAUAAAUUUGUCGAAGAUACACUUGCCCCAAUGCUCGCUGCAGAAAGUCUGGGCGGUCCCACUGUCGGAGAUGCGAUGGAAAUUUCAGACGCUACCUUGAAAGCGGGCUACACUAGCCAUGGGAAGCCUAAGAAACCAAAGACCUCGGCCGAGGGGGCUUCUGACAGUGGCCAACAGCGGAUCGAUGAGCUUGUUCGUCGCCAAACUGCGCAGGAGGGCAACCAACAGGCAACCCCUAUGAACAAAAGAGAGGCGGCGGCGGCUGAGAUGCGAGCUCUUCUUACUGCUCUGCUAGAUGCGGAUUACUCCUACAUAGACCUACCGCACGAGUCAGCGGCCUCGCGCUUUCUAGUAAGAGCCAAGGUGGCUCAAUUUCAUCCGCGUGAUGCCAGGAAGCUGCGAUUGAUUGAUUUUGGGCGCUCAAUAGUCGAUUGA